AUGCGCUGCGACAUGCGCCCCGUCAUCUCCAGCGGAAACACUAUCUAUACAGAUCCCUUUGCAGAGACAACCUCAUGCACCUGUGCCAACGAGCACCUUGCUCGUGCUUGGCUUCAGUGCGAUUAUCAUGGUUGCUGUAUCAAGACUGCCAAAAUGGAGUGGUGUCCUGACGUCCACACAUGCAACUACGUCACCGAACUUCAACGCUAUGUCCAGGCCCGUCCUCCAUCGCGAAACAUCUGGAAGACCACUACCAGUUCCAUUUGGAGCCUUCCUCCUCCUCCUCAGGACGUACCUGAGAGCUGGAUUAAGGUUGUAGACGUUAUUGACGAUCUCUUCCCAAAGGGUAUACCGCACAUGGAGACAAUUUCACCAUACCUCGCCGAGGCUGUCGACAAUCUCGUAUAUGUAGGUCGUCUCAUUGUCACCUUAGAGGCUCAACUGGCCAACCUACUUGACGAUAUUCACAUGCGUAGGGGGGCUCACGGUGCUUUUCAUGGCUCACAGUGUGAGCUUGUGCUGAACGAGUGGGAAUGCAAGGCUAGAAGCCCCAUCGAAACUGGUGAAGCGUUGGCUAUCCAGGUGCGCAAAACACUUGCAACGCAACGAAUGUUGUUUGACGCAAGUUGGACGCUCGUCAACGAAAUCAUGAGAGAUCAUGAAGAAAAGACGUCCCUAGUGGAAGAUCUUGCAGUAAAGGAACUGGAAGUAACCUGGGAUGACGCUGGAAACCGAGGCCAUUGGCCUGCAUUUUGGAUCAAAGCCAUGCAAUGA